UCUGAGUAUACAAACACAGGAAUGGAAGGUAGGCCUGCAGAUUCUAACAUCAUACCAGGCCACGAGGGAGAGAGAGAGGCGUGCCGGCUGCAACCUGAAAAUCGUCUCUCGUGUCUCUUUAUUCUUCCAAAUCUCCUUAAAUUCACACUACCGUUCCCCUACUGAAACGCCGUGCUCCACUUGGCCUCUUCUCGUUUCAGAUCCCCAAAUUCCUCAAGAUUCCCUCUUUAACACCAUUCAUCACAGAAAUUCUGCCAUCUUUCUCUAAUGGGUUUUCAAGGAGAUGAAGAAUUCGGCAAUAAUAAUUUGCCAUUCAAUAAUAAUUUGCCAAGCAAAUCCAUUUUCAGGUACAACUCACCAUUAGUCCAGGUCACCCUUAUAGGUUUGGUGUGCUUCUGCUGCCCUGGAAUGUUCAAUGCCCUCUCCGGAAUGGGUGGAGGUGGCCAGGUCGACCCUACUGCUGCCAACAACGCCAACACCGCCCUCUACACCACCUUCGCUGUCUUCGGCAUUCUGGGUGGUGGCAUCUACAACAUCUUGGGUCCUCGCCUCACCCUCGUCGCCGGUUGCAGCACUUAUAUCUUAUACGCUGGGUCUUUCCUCUACUACAACCACUAUCAGCAUCAGGCUUUUGCCAUCGCCGCUGGUGCCAUACUUGGCAUCGGGGCGGGGCUACUAUGGGCUGGGGAGGGAGCUAUCAUGACCUCCUAUCCUCCCCCAAAUCGGAAGGGGACUUAUAUUUCCCUCUUCUGGAGCGUCUUCAAUAUGGGAGGUGUCAUCGGUGGGCUAAUUCCAUUCAUUCUCAAUUACCAUCGCAGUGAGGCGGCUUCGGUUAAUGAUGGCACCUAUAUCGGCUUCAUGUGCUUUAUGACCUUUGGAACAUUGCUUUCCUUGGCUAUUUUGCCCCCUAGCAAGGUGGUCCGCGACGAUGGCACUGUUUGCACCCACAUCAAGUACUCUAAGGUCUCCACGGAAGCCAUUGAGAUUAUGAAGAUGUUCCUCAACUGGAAGAUGCUACUAAUAGUCCCUGCUGCUUGGGCCAGCAAUUUCUUCUAUAGUUACCAGUUCAAUAAUGUGAACGCAGCACACUUCAAUUUGAGAACGAGGGGCUUGAACAAUGUGUUCUACUGGGGAGCCCAGAUGCUGGGCUCUGUUGGGAUUGGGUACAUAUUGGAUUUCAGUUUCCAGAGCAGAAGGACGAGGGGAUUUGUUGGGAUUGGGAUUGUGGGACUGCUUGGGACUGCAAUCUGGGGAGGUGGACUUGCCAACCAGCUCAAAUACUCCUAUGACGAUUUGCCGCCCAAGUUGGACUUUAAGGACUCUGGUUCUGAUUUCGCUGGGCCUUUCGUUCUGUAUUUCAGUUAUGGAUUGCUAGAUGCCAUGUUCCAAAGCUUGGUCUACUGGGUCAUUGGAGCUUUGGCUGACGACUCUGAGAUCCUUAGCAGGUAUGUUGGUUUCUACAAGGGAGUGCAAAGUGCAGGGGCUGCUGUUGCCUGGCAAAUUGAUUCGCACAAAGUUCCAAUGCUUUCCCAGUUGAUUGUGAAUUGGUCUCUCACUACAGUGAGUUAUCCAUUGCUGUUUGUUCUGGUCAUGUUGGCAGUUCAGGAUGAUCACAAUGAUAAGGAAAGAAUUGCCAAUAAUUUGGCUGACCCUGUUUCAGCAAAAGACACGAACAAGCCAGUUUAAUCAUCAUUAUCAACUUCUGCUGCUCGUGUCCUCCAAAGCUAAAGGGGUAUAAUUUCUCCUUCCUAACAAUCUUUCCACGAGGUCAAUCAGAAUUCACUUCUGCCUCUCUCUAAUGUUGGUGCUUUUGGUGUUUAGCCGAUGAUACCGAUCACUGCUUCCAUAGUGCCUUGACUGCCUGAUAACGCGGUAUCACUCAGAUGCCUCCAAAUUUACUGACAUGAGAGAAUCAAUAGAGACAAGAUUUGACAUUAGAGAAUCAACGGAGAGAAGAUUUGAUUGAAGAUUGAUUGUAAGAACUGCUUUACUCAAAAGGAUGAUGCAUGUUAACUUGGUUAAAAUUUUGGCUUUGAUUCAUUGGUUUAAUCCCUGGAGCAGAUUGAAUUCUUUGGACAGGGACAUAGCUAUGAUUUAAAACCAACAUAGAAUUAUAUAUGUUAUUUAAUUAAGAAAUGAAAAAGGAAGUGCUUUCAAAUC